AUGUGGCCUAGAGAUCACCUAAACCCUGGUUUCCAACAACUACCAUCCCACAUAUCUGCCACCCUGGCGUCUGGGGCAUCACUGACGGCGAAGAGCCUAGGGAUUUGCUUUUCUGUGCAGUGGAAAGCCCUUGGCCAGGUGGGUUAUGCGUUUUUUGUGCAGUGGAAAGCCCUAGGCCAGGUGGAGCUUGCAGUCGUAGCCCCUAAUUUCCUUGAAACUGAAAUUGAUUGCAAGAAGCUCUCGAGGGUUCAGAUUGAUUGGAAGAAGCUGGCUCCCUGGGACAGAUUUCAAACAAAGUGUUGUUCUACAUUUUCUGAUGGCCACGUGAAGGCCAUCACCACAAAGUUAUCUCUUCCAAAAAUCCGGACUAUCAUUAAGAAGUUGACUCCUAGACAGAGGGACUUGGUCAGGGCUCGCGGAUUUGGAACAGUGCUGGAUAUUAAUUGCUCUCAGUUGCCAAGGGAUUUGGGAGUUCGCCUAGCGAUCUGGUUUGAUUGUGACAGUCGAACUGUAAAUGUUCCAAAUGUUGGCAGCUUUGAGAUAAACCCUUUCACAGUCCACCAGAUUCUUGGCAUACCGUUGGGUCGCCGGUUAAUUGACAAGAUAGCAACAAGUGAGGCCAGGAGGGUCAUUGCUGAAGACACCGGAAUACAUUCUACUGGGCCUAGCAUUUCACACUUGAUGAAGUUAUUGUCCGAUGACCUCCCCGAUGAGAAGUUCCUUAGAAUCUUCAUGCUCAUUUUAUUGUCAACCUUCCUGUGUCCAACCAGCCACUCCUGUGCGAGCCCAGACUACUUCAAUGGCAUUGUUGAGACUGAUGAUAUCGCCAGCUAUGACUGGUGCAGCUUUGCAUUAGACUGGUUAGUGGAAAAGAUCAGACAGUUUCAGAUCUCCUUGUCCAAGCCAACCAUGAAAGGUAAAGAGCAGUCUAUCUCUCUUGGAGGAUGCUUGAUGAUUCCUUUGGUAAUGUUCUUUGAUUAUCUCGAUCUAAAAGGAACAAAGAUUCGCAACUGCAUCCCACGGUUACCAGCUUGGGAUGAUAAAGCCAUCAGCGCGUUUGACAAUAUAAAUUUUGCACAACUAAAGUUCAAAGACAUAACUAAAACAUGUUUCAUGGAAAAGCCAUCAUGUACUCCAUCGUCUCAUUCUUUGCCAAAUGGAGUUGCUCAGUUCAUCGACGGACUUAUCCCAUCUGAUGAUGAUUUCAGGGCAAAGAUGAAGGAGAUGUGCGCCGAAUUUUACAAGACGUCAAUGGAUGCAUGCCUUAAUGCACUACAGCCUGUCCUUGCAAAGCAGAUGUGCACAAUGGUUGAAACUAUUCAGAACCAGGUCAAUAACAGAGCUUCAUCAUCUUCAGCACCACCAGUCAAUGAACUCACCUGCAAGGAAUGUAACUCACAGAAAUGCACAAUGCGGGAUGGUGUAUCCGCCACACCGCUCCAAACAGUUAUAGAUGCAGAGUUUCACAAUCCUUCAGUGGGUCCAGCACUGGGUACGGUAGAGAGCACUGGUGGUGGUGAUAUAUUUCAUUACGACCCAACUGAUGAAGAUGUGGUUAAUGUCCUGCUGCAAUUACGCCACCAUGGAGGAUCUGUUAUGAGGGAUACACCUUUUGGUGCCCUCGUCGCUGACCAAGCUGUUGCCAUGUCAAGUGAACAAGAUUUUGGUACGGAGGAUCCGCCGUCAGCUGGUACUGAAGGUGGACACCCAGAAAGCAAUCAAAUUUCUGCUGCUGAAUGCUCCAGGGCCUCCAAGAGGCACAUUGACCUCGCUGCUUACAUUGAUUCUGAAUCUGAAUCCUCUAGGCCCCUGAAAAUUCAGAAAACCAGAAAUUCAGCUUGCGGAGACAAAUAG